UUAAUUCUUUCACUUUCAAGAUGGCGGAGGAAACAAGACGGCAUGUUAUAGAAACAGAAGAUGAUGAUGACUCUAAACUCGUGUUUGAAACAUCAGAAGAAGUUAAAGUUACACGAACUUUCGACCAAAUGAAACUGAGGGAAGACCUCAUCCGUGGAAUAUUCGCAUACGGUUUUGAGCGACCCUCAGCUAUUCAACAAAGAGCAAUUCUGCCAAUAAUAAAGGGAAGAGAUGUUAUUGCACAGGCACAGUCAGGAACAGGAAAGACAGCUACAUUUUCAAUUUCUGCACUGCAAAAAGUUGAUACCAGGUUGCGUGAAACACAAGUUCUUAUAUUGUCACCCACUCGUGAAUUGGCUGGACAAAUUCAAAAGGUGGUCCUUGCUUUAGGAGAUUACAUGAGUGUACAGUGUCAUUCAUGCAUUGGUGGUACCAAUAUUGGUGAAGAUAUUCGGAAGCUUGAUUACGGUCAACACAUUGUCUCUGGAACACCUGGUCGCGUUUUCGACAUGAUCAAACGACGUAAUCUCCGUACUCGAUCAAUCAAAAUGUUGAUUCUCGAUGAGUCCGAUGAAAUGUUGAACAAAGGGUUUAAAGAACAGAUUUAUGACGUAUACCGAUUCUUACCUCCAGCAACGCAGGUUGUACUCGUUAGUGCCACGCUACCACACGAAAUCUUAGAAAUGACUCGAAAGUUUAUGACAGACCCGAUCCGUAUACUUGUGAAACGUGAUGAGUUGACGUUAGAAGGAAUCAAGCAAUUUUUCGUUGCCGUUGAAAGGGAAGAAUGGAAAUUCGACACCCUGUGCGAUUUAUACGACACGCUGACGAUUACCCAAGCCGUUAUAUUCUGCAACACCAAACGUAAGGUAGACUGGCUAACUGAGAAAAUGCGCGAGGCGAACUUCACUGUCGUUUCAAUGCACGGCGACAUGCCGCAAAAAGAACGUGAAUCUAUCAUGAAGGAAUUUAGGUCGGGUUCAAGUCGUGUUUUGAUCUCCACUGAUGUAUGGUCACGUGGUUUGGACGUUCCUCAAGUGUCGUUGGUUAUAAAUUACGACCUACCAAACAAUCGUGAGUUAUACAUUCACAGAAUUGGUCGAUCCGGCCGAUAUGGUCGUAAAGGUGUAGCCAUUAAUUUCGUAAAAAGCGACGAUAUUCGCGUGUUACGAGACAUCGAGCAAUAUUACAGUACCCAAAUUGACGAGAUGCCCAUGAACGUUGCCGACUUGAUUUAGUUACGGCCGAAUUAACAGUGCAAAGAGAAAUUCAUAACAUGAGGAUUAAACUUGGUUGAAGGAUCAACAGCCGUUCCUCUCCCGCAUUAGCUUAUCGACAUGUCGAAAAAAAUGCUUUGAUUUAUGUAUAUAUAAACGUGUGUUUAAUUAGUAACUUAAAAACACAGUAGAUUUUACCAAA